CUUAACACCCCGGUGCCAGGAUCGUUAACACAGCCUAGCAUUCUCAGUGCAUGGAUUAUAAUUUGACGGACCUUCUAGUAUUCGUUGACGCAGGACACAGAGAUGCCUUCAACUGCAAUAAUUAACAGUAUAACCCUUCAAAAACCGAAGCCAGAGACUGGCGAUAACAGACGAGGAUUAUGGAAUUCAGUCAAAGGCUACGCGUGCAAAGUGCAGGAAAUGGCCUAUAGCAAGGUCUGCAGAAUAUUUAAGGAAGACAAGAAAUCGGAAGAAACUGGUCCGAACCGCGUGCAGAUGGACAUAAUGCGAUGCAUACCAUCUGGUGUGCGGAGCUGCUGCAGCGUUUUUGCUGAAGGCUGCGCCUGGAUCUGUUGCUUGUUGAUGGUCCUUAACGUUGUGCCCGCCAUUGGAAUGGGUAUCUGGGGACUUAAUUAUCAAGCUCGACACUGUACGCCGGAUUCCAGCGGUCGGAUUACUGCAGGAAAUGUCAGCAUGGAAGCUCCUGUCAGGCAGAGUGAUGUAUUUAAAUGGCUUGACCCAACGAAUGGACUGGAUGAUGCUGACACUCUGCAUGCAUGGGAUCGCCCGGAGACUGUUUUGCGCAAACUUUGCUUUGAAGUGGUUUGCGAACAUGAUGAAAAGCACGGCCAGUUUAUACAGACGCUAUGUAUGCGCGUAAUCGGCUGGAAAGAAGCGUCGCACCUGUGGGGAGCAUCCGUCGCCGUAAUAGUCUGCGGCGCUUCUCAGAUCAUGGGUAUGGUUAUCCUUGCGUUGGAGAAGUACUGCGGUGGCGCUAUGGCUGGACUGUGGUUAUUUUUUAUUGGCUUCGCAAUUUCGCUGAUUUACUAUUGCCUCAUAGCGGGCGAAAUCCACAUUUACAUCAAAGCACUUUCCUGGUAGAAA